AUGCGUUCGGGUAGUAGCGAAGGGGAAAGCAUACACUUAGAAUGGAUGCAAUGCGCUAUGGAAAUGGCGGAAGAAGCUUUAGCGGCUCAAGAAGUCCCCGUCGGUUGCGUCUUCGUCCGGGACAACAGGAUCAUCGCAAGGGCGCGGAAUCGGACCAACCAGCUUCGAAAUGCAACCCGCCAUGCAGAGCUCGAGGCGAUCGAUGAAAUUCUUGCCGACAAGCAGCUCACACCCGAGGUAACAAAACAUCCACUUGCGACCACGACCCUCUACGUCACUGUCGAGCCAUGCAUUAUGUGCGCAUCGGCACUACGUCAGAUGGGGAUCAAGGACGUCUACUACGGCUGCGGAAACGACCGCUUCGGCGGAUGUGGCAGCGUACUCGGGGUCAACAGCGCCCUACCGCAUCCAGAACACCCAGAAUACCGCGCCGUAGGAGGCUACAUGCACGACGAGGCCAUCAUGGUCCUCCGCCGCUUCUACAUCACGGAGAACACGAACGCGCCGGUCCCGAAGUCGAAAGCGAACCGGGUCCUGAAGACGGAGAUCCCCUCACGUGCUCCGCCGGUGCCUCAAGGCUGA